AGAAUUACCUGUCUAUUUAUUUGAGUAAAUUUCUUGUUCCGAGUACUCAAAAUAUUUUUUUUUUCUGAGAGUGUAACAAUGUGUGCAAGCAAUCCAUUAAAUCAUUCUGAACGUGUACGCAACAUUGAAAUAUUUCUGUGUUGCAGCUCGGUCUGUUGUGAUACAACAAUGCAAGAUUUCACUGUUUUGGUGCAUUUGGCGCGGAAGCGAAGCUCUUUAUCUGUUGGUCAGUGAAGAUUCUCAAAACGUUGAAGGUGUUCUGGAGUUCUCGUAAUUUUUUGAUAAAAAGUAAAACUGUAAAGUUUAAAACUAGUGCAAAAUGCCAUUCAAACGGUCGGCAAUGCGAUACGGCCACAUAGCGGGUUACACCAGUGCGGUCUACCAGGAAAACGGCGAGCGAAUCAUCAGUUUCGGCUACGACGGCGAUGUUCGAGUGUGGGAUGGUGUGUUUGAUGACGACGCGAGUACGACCUGUUUGGCAGAGAACGUGUGGGCCCUGCUGCAGUACGGUGACCGGGUGCUGGUUGCCAACGAUCUGAACACCGUCCAGGCGUACAAGUAUCCGGAGCUGGAAAAGGAUGGAAUCGAGUUCCGGUUCACGGCGUUCGUGACUAGUUUGGUAAGGAAUGGCCAGUAUCUGGCGGCGGGAUCCGAGGAUGGAACCAUUAAGGUGAAACCGACGGGGGCAGAAGGUGACGAGUUUGAGCUCGGAGGAUUGGCAGGACCCGUCCUGAGUAUGGCGUUGAGUCCGAAGAAUCUGCUGGCAGCUAGUUGCGGUGAUGGGAAAUUGCGGGUAUGGGACUUAGCGAGCAAAAAGUUGUUGAAAACGUUGGACGGUCUGAAGAAGGUGAAGAGUUUCGAGGGAAACGUGUACUUUGCGACUCCAAGUUUCGACCCGAAACGUGGCUCCGUUUUGGCCUUUCCCAGAGGAAAAGAAAUAGUUGUGCUGAAUACGACGACCUGGGACCAACAGAAGUUUCUGAAACAUAAAAGCUUAUCUGCCGAGUUCACAUGUGGAGCGUUCUCGCCACGGGGAGAAUUCUUUGCAGCUGGCAGUGCCAAAGGAGAGGUCGUCAUAUGGGACUACCAGACCGGGGAGCUAGUGAAAGGUGAAGAGGUCUCGAUUGAUUCCAAUCCGCUGAUCAGCUUGACGUGGCAUCCCAAGAACAAUGGAGAGUUGGUCAUCUGCGAUGAUCAGGGACAACUGGGGAAUGUCAAUGACAUUUUUAAUGACAAUGACGACGCUGACGAUGGUAAUGAUCUGAUGGAAAUGGCCGAGAAGGAAGCGAACGGGGCAGCCGAAGAAGACGAUGAUGAUGAUUUGGAUGAAAUGUACUCAAAACACGUUGCCGGCACAAAACAAGUGGCCGAAGAAUCCGAUGACGAUGAUAACACCGUUUCCGUGAACAGACUCAAAAGCCAAUUUGCGCUGCCCACCGAAGACCAAGAUGAUAAACCGGAACCGGAAGUUGGAAAACCGGAGGAUGAUAAAUCGGACGAUGAAAAUCCGGACGAUGAAAAACCGCAGCAGGUGAAAGCCGCAUCACCGCGUAUAGAUUACGAUGACGAUGAUGACGCGCGCUCGGUGAUGAGUGACACUUCCGUAAAAUCCUACCCGAUGCAGCGAUACUUCCAACCAGGAUCCACACCGGAAAAACUGGCGCACCGAUAUUUGGUGUACAAUCACGUGGGUAUAGUGCGGGGUCAUACCGACGGUAAUGAAAAAGCCAUCGAAGUUGAAUUUCAUGAUUCCUCCAAGCAUCACGGAAUGCAUUUGGCCAAUUUCCAAAAUCAUACGGUGGCCGGCUUGAGCGAGACUGUGCUAGCCAUGGGGUGCUCUACCGGAACGGACUGCAACAGUAAGCUGGUGUGCAUCAAUCUGGUAGCCUUCGGUAAUCGGGAAUGGAGCAGUAUUAUGCCGGAUAUGGAAGAAAUUGUCGGCGUCGUCGCUUCGGAUAAAACGGUAGUCGCGGCCACCACUGCUGGUCUGCUGCGAGUUUACUCCGCGAAAGGAACACAGAGGGAGGUGAUAGCGAUACCUGGUCCACUGGUUUCGAUGGCUGCCUACGGUGAUCACGUCUUGGUCGCUUACCAUCGGUCCCCGGCGACCAGGGACCAGCAUCUCAAUCUGAUGAUCAUCACGUGCGUCAACUAUCGAUUGCGAUGCCGAGAAGUGUCAAUCCCAUUGACGCCCGAAUCGGAACUUCGUUGGCUGGGCUACUCGGACAAAGGAUCACCGGUGAUCUACGAUUCGGCAGGCAGCAUGCGCCUUUAUCAUGCAGCUUCCAACCUGUGGUUUCCGAUUAUGGACGCCGAAAAGCACAAAAUUGGCGCCAGCGACAGUUUGUUCAUCGUAACGGUGUCCGAAUCGAGGCAGCAGGCCCAGAUCAUCGUUUGCCGUGGGGCGAAAUUCCCGCAGACCAACCCGCGGCCCAUUCCGUUGAAUGUCGCCAUACAGGUGCCCCUGUGUGAAAUUGAUAGCGAGAAGAGCAUCUUGGAAGAAAGUUUGCUGCGGAGCAUGUAUCUGAAGCAUGACGAUGCCGACAAAGUGAUGAAGGAGGCGGCCGUCAAGCUGUUUGCGUUGGCCAGUCGCGCAGAAAUGGAACCCCGCGCCAAGGAGUUGAUUGAGACGAUUGCGUCCAGUCAGCUGAUUCCGCUGGUCUGCAAGUACGCCCGAAAAAUCAAUCGUGUCCACCUGGCGGAAAGUUUGUCCGCGCUGCUGGGCACAUUCCAGGAUCAGGAAAAAGAAGAAGAACAAUUCGAGAUGGAAGUCGUCCGGGAAAAUGCCGCCAUGGUUAGCGAACUGGUACACAUCAAUCGGGAAGCAGUCACCAAAAAGGACAACACCCCUAAAAUUAAACCAAUACCGGUUACGAUGCGUAAGAACCCCUUCAAAAAGAGUGGCAGCAGUGGGCUAUCCAGUCCCGCAACGCCCAAUCCUCUGGAGCAUCUCACUGCCAGUGCCAUCGGUUUCCCAUCCCCAUCGGUAUCGAACCGAUCCACGUCUAAAAACGACCUCCACGCCGACAUCGAUUCGACGACAUCGACGUUCGAGAACAACGAGAAUGAACCGUCUAAUAAUGGAACCAACGGCCGGACCCCCACCACCCCGGCCCCUUCAUCCGGUCCGGGGAAGUUUACGCCCUGGUACGAGAAGAACAAGGCUCAGCUCAGGGAGGAUCAUCCCGCUGUCGAGGAAACCGAGCUGAUCAAGAUUGGUCUGAGGCAGUUCAAGACGCUCAACAGUUACCUGACGCCACAGGCUAGCAGCAACAGCACCAACGGCGAGAAGCGAAAGCGGGACGAAGGGGAGCCGACCGAGUCCGGAGUUUCCAAGCUGGCCAAGUUUGGGUUCGUGAAGAAGGGAUAAUUGUGUCUUUUUUUUGUUUUCGGCGUUAAAGUGCGUAUAACUUAAGAACAGUAUACAUGUAAUGAACCUAA